CGGACGGUGAGGAAGAGGAGGACGAGGAGGAAGGCGAGGAGGAGGAGGAGGAGGAGGGCGAUGGAUUUGGGACAGGUCUUGCACACAAAGCGAAGAACGCUGCUGCAGCUGCGGCGGCGGCGGCAGCUAACGGGAAAGCAGCGAAAGGCAGCAGCGCGGCUGCUAAGGGCAACGGGAAGAGCGUCAGCGAAAGCGGAGACGGCGAAGAGGACGAGGAUGAGGAGGAAGGGGGCAGUUCAGAGGGUGCCGACGACGACGGCGGCGAUGGCAGCGGUGCCGCCAACGUCACCAACGGUACGGCAGCAGCGGUUGCGGCGGUUGAUUGUUGGUCUCGUCACGUGGGUCGAGAGCUGAGCGAGGCCGAGGCGGCGGAGCUGGAGGGCGGUCGGUCCGACUACCGGGAUGCACCGCCGGCGGAGGUCCACAGCACCGCAUGGGGUCCCAAUGCACGCUGGCAGCUCAGGCUGUACGGCAACGCCGCCGCUGCUGCCGGCCGACGGAACAAGCGCGGCGCCACUGACGGCAGCAGCGCCGCCGCGGCGAAUGGAGUCGUUGCCAACGGUAAUGACAACGGCAUCGUCGGGCUAACGGAACUCCCGGCGGCGCCGGCGACGCUUCCUGCGUACGGCGUUAAGGAGCGGUUGAUCACCCGUUGGCGGGAAGUACGACAAGAGGACGCUGCCGCCGCCGCAGCCGGUACCUCCGGCGCCGCCGUUAACCAACCGGAAGGCGACUUCUCAACCGCCCAGCAGCGCUCGUUGUUCUCCCUACUGAACGCCUACGUCGACGUGCACCUGCCGGCUCGGCCGUACCCCACCUCCGCGUCGGAUCCAGAUCCCACCAUGGAUGCCGUACUGUUGCACGCGUUGAACCACGUGGCUAAAACCGCUGACCGCAUCAAAAAGAACAACCAUGCGCUGCAGCAGCAGCAGGAGCAGGAGCGGCUGCGGCGGGAGCAGGAGGAGCGGGAACGCCAGCAGCAGCAGGAGCAGCGUAAGAAGCAGCUGCAGCAGCAACAGGGGGGAACAAAGGGAGACACGGAGGACCCCGCAGCAGCGCCGCCACCGGCAGCAGCAGCAGCUGAUGUCAGCAGCGGGCUUGUGGGUGGCACGCCUCGUGACCAGGGUUUCACCCGGCCCAAGGUGUUGAUGCUGCUGCCGCAACGCAAUUUUGCGUUCCGGGCUGUACGGCGGUUGGUGGCGCUGGCGCUGCGGGAGACACGGUCGGAUAGCGUGCAGGGCAAGGAGAAGUUCGUGGAACAGUUCACCGACCCGGAUGAGAUGCAGGACGAGGAGAGCCUGGACCCCGCCACACGCGCCCGCCUGGCCGCUAAGCCCGCGGACCACCGGGCCCUGUUCGCGGGUAACGUGGACGACCACUUCCGACUAGGCAUCAAGGUGACCAAGGGCGCCAUCCGGCUCUUCGCGGACCUCUACCAGUCGGACAUUAUCGUGGCGUCACCUGUGGCGCUGGCCACCAAGCUCGCCGAGGACGCCCGCGCCGACCCGCACGCCGCCCCCGACUUCCUCUCCUCCAUCGAGCUCCUCAUCCUGGACCGCACCGACGUCAUGACCAUGCAGAACUGGUCGCAUGUGGAAACCGUGGUUGCCGCACUCAACCGCCUGCCACGUCAGCAGCACGGCACCGACAUCAUGCGUGUGCGGGAUUGGUACCUGGCGGGCAGGGCGGGACUGUACCGCCAAACGGUGCUGGUGGGCUCGUUUGCGAGUCCGCAUGUGAAUGCGCUGGCCAGGGCGGGGGGCAACCAUGGGGGCGCGGUGAGGCUGGCGGUGGAUCAGCCCGGGGUGCUGAGUCGCGUGGUGCCGCAGGUCCGGCAGCUGUUUGAGCGGUUUGCUGCGGCCAGUGCGGCGGAGGCGGGAGAUGCGCGGUUCGAGUUUUUUAGCCGGGCGGUGUGGCCGAGGAUCAAGGAUUCGGGCGCGAAAGGCCUGCUCAUCUUCGUUCCCAGCUACUUUGACUUUGUACGGCUACGCAACGCCCUUCGCGCCGACGACAGCGCCGACCUGGCGGUCAUCAGCGAGUACAGCAGCGGCAGCGAGGUGACGCGCGCGCGAGCCAGGUUCUUCCACGGGCAGCGGCGGGUGCUGCUGUACACGGAGCGGGCGCACUUUUACAACCGCCACCGCAUCCGGGGGAUCAAGGACAUUCUGUUCUACGGCCUACCGGACCACGGGCACUACUACUCGGAGCUCGUCAACCUGCUGGAGGAAGGCGGUGGAGCGGCAGCAGCAGGUGGAGCAGCGGCGGGGGCGCACCAGGCGACGGUGACGGCGCUGUUUUGCGGCUGGGAUGUGCUGCAGCUGGAGAGGGUGGUGGGGAGCGGGCGGGCGAGGCGGAUGCUGCGGGGCGAGAGCGGGACGUACAUGUUCUGCUGAGGAGGAGGAGCAGUGGCGUUGUGCAUAGCGUUACUCGGCCUGCUGCUGGAAGCAGCGGGAGAGGAGGAGGAGGUGCAUGGGGUUCUUGUGGCAGUGGGGAGCGAGGGGUUGCUGUAGGGGAGAGGGAGGAGGGUGGGUGUGUUGUAGGUAUUGCGUAUGGGGAGGUGAGCGGGUGCCAUGCUUUUAAAUAGGGAGGGUUCGGGUGCAGACAGAGCACGGCAGAGUGCUUGCUGCCGAGUGCUAUGGCAAUGGCCAGGAAGGAUCCAUGCGUAGGCCAGUAGCUUAGCUUGGUAGCAGUGAUUACGGAUAGCACAUUGCGCAUACGGGGUUGAUGAGGGCUGGUGAGAGAGUAUGAGUGGCUAAGGCGGUCGAAUAGCAGGAGGAGUUGGGUAGCUCAGAAACAGCAGGAGCAAGGGUGCCGUAUACGUCCCAACGAGCAAAGUGCAUCACAUUGUGGUGGCUACGACUGUUGGAAGAUGCAGG